AUGUAUUUCAUAAUUAUAUUGUGUGUUUUUGGAUUUUCCUCUCAAAAUAUUUAUGGUCAAACGAACCAUACAUCAUAUCGUACCAGAAGAGAUUAUUCUCCUUGGAAUACAUACGGCAAACCAGAUUAUCAUCAAUAUUACUCAAAACCAAAAUGGAGUGUUCCUUAUAAUCCUGGAUGUGGUCCUAUUGUUCCUAGUUACCCAAUCCCUUCGCCUUAUCCACCAUAUAUUCCUCCAACUUAUGGUCCUUCUUAUAAUCCACCAACCUCCUACGGUCCUCCAAUACCAUCUCCAAGCUCUCCUCCAUCGUCUUAUUAUCCAUAUGAUUCUCAUUCCUAUGAUGGGGGAUUACCUCCCCCAAAAUUACCACCAACAUCUUACGACUUAUACCCGGAUGAAAACGGUACUACUACAACGCAACCAGAUACAACAACACCUGACAUAAAUACAACUGACUAUCCAACAUAUGCUCCACCGGACUUAACAUCUCCAUCGUUUCCAGGAUAUCACUAUCCAAAACCCGCGAAUCCUUAUGAACCACCGAAUCAUUAUGGACCUCUGUCUACGUAUGGACCACCUCCAACGAGCUACGGACCACCUCCAUCGAGCUAUGGACCGCCUCCAUCAAAUUAUGGUCCACCUUUAUCAUUAGCGCAUUUGAAUCAUUAUCGCAAGUAUCCAAAUUAUUUUUGGCCACAGAAUUAUCAAAAACCUGACAACAAUCAACAACAAAUCGUUUAUAUUCAACAACCGAAUAUUUUACCAAUUCUACCAAUACCUCCGCCAAAUCCGACUGGUGGUGGAUUUUUACCGACGGGAGAUGGAUUGAACAAAAUGUCAAUGAAGAAUACAACAGUACAACCGCUCGCCGAAGAUGAUAAUCAAAUUGAAGUGUUAACACCGAAAUCGGUGAUUGAGAAAUCGGAUACCGAAAUUAUUGAUUCGGAUACUAAGAAAACCGAUGAAAAUAAUAUUGGGAAUACAUUUCAAACACAGCAGAUAAAUAAAAGUGAAAAUCGGGAUAUGAAACAGUUUCCAAUUUUCAAUGCUACAAACCAUAGUUAA